AUGUCUGGGCUCGUGUUCCUGCAGCAGGAUGUUGAGAAUCAAGUGGAAUUGUGGUGGUUUGGUGAGCCAUGCGUCUCCCUGCUCUGCUACACCUCCUCUGUUGUCCUGGUGCUCGGCCUCGGGACAGGCGGUGUGGUGCUCCUGUCUUCAGCCAGCUCUGCGGAGGCAUCCUCAGCUGUGUGGCGCCUCACCGUAGGCUCCGCCCUCUGCAUCCUGGCCCUCGUACUCGUGCUCAAACAGUUGCUUAGCUCAGCCGUGCAGGAUAUGGGCUGCGUGCGCAAUCGGAGACGCAUUGUACAGCUGCGCAGUGGUGGAAGCGUGGAUCCGUCUCUGCUGCUAGCCAUCGGCCUGGCCCUGAUGCUCGGGGGUGCCACAGUGCUCCUGUGCUUGGCCUGGUCACACAUGCCGCUCACAGGGACACUUCUCCUGUCUUGUGGUGGCGCUGUGGUGCUGAGUGUGGUGGCGUAUGGAGUAAUGAAGUAUAUAUGGGAACGAAGAGAAAGGAGAAUUAGGAGAAUACGGAGAAGGUUGAGGGUGUACACGGUGACAGGACAGAGGAGUCACAUGUGGAGAGACUCAGCAUCGAGUCAUGCUGGUCUGAUAUAA